GUGGGGACAAUGUCAACAGCUCGGCUCCCAGCACAGUCAGCUGAAAUCCACAGCUCAGAAGCUCAGAGGAGAAGCAGACAAAACGCAGCAGCUUCGGUCGGGAAACAUCGUCAGACUCGGCAAAGGCAUGGAAUUCGGCCACAAAACACAAACUCCAAAGGGCAAAAAAAGGGAUUUAAAUCCAGAGGCUGGAGGAAUGCUUUAAAGAUUUCUUGUAGCCUUGCUUCGUUGAAAGGCUCUUUAUAUUUAAAGUGACACAGGAACAAUCCAUUUCUCAGGGCAGCCUGUCUGACUUUGAUCAUGCCCCCUAGAUAGCAGCCUCGUCCUCCUCUCCACUCCCCCUCCCUGCCCCUUCCUCUACCAUCCAGCACCAUCACUGCCAACCGUGUCGCCACAGCCGCCAUGCCGCCCAGGAAGAGGACGCGGCCAGGCCUGGGCUUCCUGUGCUGCUUCGGCAGCAGCGAGCCUCCGGAGAUCAACCUCAAGGACAGCGUGCCUCUGCAGCUGCUGGAGUUCAGCGCCCCCAUGCCGCCCGCAGAGGAGCUGCUUGCACGUUUCUCCGAACUGGUGGAUGAACUGGACCUCACGGACAAGAACAGGGAGGCCAUGUUCGCUCUGCCCGAUGAAAAGAAAUGGCAGAUCUACUGCAGCAAGAAGAAGGAGCAAGAGGAUCCCAACAAGCUUGCGACCAGCUGGCCUGACUAUUACAUCGACCGCAUCAACUCCAUGGCUGCUAUGCAGACCCUGUUUGCCUUUGACGAGGAGGAAAUGGAAAUGAGGAACAAGGUGGUGGAAGAUCUGAAAACAGCACUUCGGACUCAGCCAAUGAGGUUUGUCACACGCUUCAUCGAGCUCGACGGCCUCACCUGCCUGCUCAACUUCCUGCGCAGCAUGGACUACGAGACGUCGGAGAGCCGCGUCCACACCUCGGUCAUCGGCUGCAUCAAGGCCCUGAUGAACAACUCCCAGGGCCGCGCGCACGUCCUGGCACACCCACAGAGCAUCAACACCAUCUCCCAGAGCCUGCGGACAGAGAACAUCAAGACCAAGGUGGCCGUGCUGGAGAUUCUCGGGGCGGUGUGCCUUGUGCCUGACGGACACAAGAAGGUGCUACAGGCCAUGGCGCACUACCAGAAAUAUGCUGCAGAGAGGACUCGCUUUCAGACGCUGCUGAAUGAGCUGGACAAGAGUACAGGCCGCUACAGAGACGAGGUCAACUUAAAGACUGCCAUCAUGUCCUUCAUCAACGCUGUGCUCAACGCUGGAGCUGGGGAGGACAACCUUGAGUUCCGCCUCCACCUAAGGUACGAGUUCCUGAUGUUGGGCAUCCAGCCGGUCAUCGACAAGCUCAGAGGGCAUGAGAAUUCCACUCUGGAUAGGCAUUUGGACUUCUUUGAGAUGGUGCGGAAUGAAGAUGACUCGGAGUUAGCCAAAACAUUUGAUACUUCCCACGUCGAUACUAAGAGUGCCGGUGCAAUGUUUGAGCUGAUCAAGAAGAAGCUGAGUCACUCAGACGCCUACCCCAACCUCCUCUCCAUCCUCCAGCACUGCCUCCAGAUGCCCUAUAAACGUGGUGGUGGCAGCCUGCAGCACUGGCAGCUCUUAGACAGGAUCCUCCAGCAGAUAGUCUUGCAGGACGAGAAGGGACAGGACCCAGACAGCGCCCCUCUGGAAAACUUCAGUGUUAAGAACAUCAUUCGCAUGUUGGUCAAUGAGAAUGAGGUGAAACAGUGGCGAGAACAGGCAGAGAAGUUCAGGAAAGAUCAUUUAGAGCUGCUAGGUAAACUAGAGAAGAAGGAGCGAGAGUGUGAAACCAAGACCCAGGAAAAGGAUGACAUGAUGAAGACAUUGAACAAAAUGAAGGACAAACUCCAGCGUGAGGGAGUGGAGCUUCGCUCAGCCAGGGAACAAGUCCAUGACCUGUCCUCACACAUCAAUAACAUAUCUGGGAUGGGUGUGUCUUUCCCGCCUCCUCCUCCUCCUCCCCCUGGCAGCCCCAUGGCUCCACCUCCACCACCUAUGAUGGGUGGCUGUCCACCACCUCCUCCUCCGCUGCCGUUUAGCUGCCCGCCUCCUCCACCGCCGCCUCCUCCCCCACCUGGAGCACCGCCUCCUCCACCAGGAGCCCCUCCCAUAUUCGGAGCUCCGCCUCCUCCUAUUCUCUCUUCAUUCAACUCCAACAUGCGCUCCAAGUCCAUCCCUACGCCUUCUCAUCCUCUGAAGUCCUUCAACUGGGCCAAACUAGGAGAGAAUGUGAUCAACGGCACCAUCUGGAAUGACAUCGAUGACCUGAGAGCUUUCAAGAUUCUUGACCUCAAGGACAUCGAGAAGAUGUUUUCCGCCUAUCAGAGACAACAGGAGCUGCUCACUAACCAAUCCUUCAAACAGAAAGAGACGGGCUCCAUGGAUGACAUAUACGUCAGCACGCGGAAGGUCAAGGAGCUGUCAGUCAUCGAUGGCCGACGUGCACAGAAUUGUGUCAUUCUUCUUUCAAAGUUAAAAAUGAGCAAUGAAGAGAUCAAGAGGGCGAUCCUGGAGAUGGACGAGAGGGAAGAGCUGUCCAAAGAUAUGCUGGAGCAGCUGCUGAAGUUUGUCCCAGAGAAGAGUGACAUCGAUCUCUUGGAGGAGCACAAACACGAGCUGGAGCGCAUGGCCAGGGCUGAUCGCUUCCUCUUUGAAAUGAGCAGAAUUGACCACUACCAGCAGAGACUACAGGCUCUGUUCUUUAAGAAGAAGUUUGCAGAGCGUCUAGGCGAAACCAAGCCUAAGGUUGAAGCGAUCCUGAAUGCAUCCAAGGAGGUGGUGCGGAGCAAGAAGCUGACUCAGAUCCUGGAGGUUGUGCUGGCCUUCGGCAACUUCAUGAACAAGGGCCAGAGAGGAAACGCCUACGGUUUCAAGGUCUCCAGCCUCAACAAGAUCGCUGACACCAAGUCCAGCAUAGACAGGAACAUCACCAUGCUGCACUACCUGAUCAUGAUCAUGGAGAAGAACUACAAUGACACGCUGCACAUCCAGAACGACCUCUGCAGUGUACCCGAGGCUGCCAAAGUCAAUUUGUCGGAGUUGGAAAAAGAGGUUCACAAUAUCAGAAGUGGACUGAAGGCUCUAGAGGCGGAGCUGCUCUACCAGCAGAGCAGGACGAGGGAACGUGGGGACAAGUUUGUGGCUGUGAUCGGAGACUUCAUCACCGUCGCUGGCUUCAGCUUUUCUGAACUGGAGGACCAGCUGAGCGAAGCCAAGGACAAGUUUACCAAAUCUCUGAAGCACUUUGGGGAGGAAGAAGGGAGGAUGCAGCCCGAUGAGUUCUUCGGGAUCUUUGACACCUUCUUACAGUCGUUCAGCGAGGCACGGCAGGACCUGGAGAACAUGCAGCGCCGUAAAGAUGAGGAGGAGAGGAGGGCACGAAUGGAGGCCAUGCUCAAGGAGCAGAGGGAGCGGGAGCGUCGGGCCAAGAAGAGCGGCGCUUCAGACGAGGUCGGCGGGGAGUUUGACGACCUGGUGUCGGCACUGCGCUCCGGUGAGGUCUUCGACAAGGACCUGAACAAAUUCAAGCGGAACCGCAAGCGCUCCGUCAACCAGCUGGUGGAGGGCGGGGGGCGCGAACGAGCAGUCACUAAGGUCAAUUACUAGGUCGGGAAAAAGGAAGGACAAAAAAAGAAAACACUAGACACGUAAAUACUGCCGUGGUGUAGAUCUCUUAACACCUUUAGUCCAGGUCCUGGAAUAGCGACCAUAGACAUUGGAGAGGAUGUAAGUAACGGCUGGACUGGACAUGUAUGGAGAGCCACGCCAUUUUGAAGGACGCAUCACCCUCCUCUGAUUGGUCUCCUACAGCUAUUCCUAACUGUUUGUCCUGGGCGUUGUAUUUUGAUCUAAUGGAUGGACAGACAGACCACUGUGACACAUAAUCCCGCCAUCUUUUGACCUUAUCCUCUUAACACUGUGCUCAAGCUUCCAGCUCUCUACCACUCCCUGUUUUUCACUGCUCAUUUCCCCUCUCCUCGGUGAUAGAGCGGCCCUAUCUUUUUACUCACUGGCUCCAAAAAACACAUGGGACUUUGGGAUCAGCCAGUCACAUUGUACAUAGACUUUAGGGCCAAGAGAAAGCAUGGGAAAAAGAAAGUGGGAACAGGGAAGUAAGCCAUAACCUUCACAGUCAUGGUUACUUCAAGUGUCCCGCGGAAAGUGUUAUAUCCACAGAAUGGAUGGGUGUUCUUAAAACUUCCUUCACUGGAAAGAGGGGCUUGUAUUCGGUAAAUCCCAGAAUGCUUUGUAGGCUUCUGAAAGAUUUCAUCCCAGCAGCCUCCUCCAGCACACAGCUUUCCCAGGAAGGACGUACGUACAUCCCAAGCUUCGACUUUAAGAGGAUACUCUGUUCAAGGAAAAACUAAAAAGUGAUGACUGUGCCACAAGGGUCAAUCCUCACCUACACUCCUAACUGUUUUUGACAUUGUUCUGGCAUUAACCCGUGCCAAAGCAAAACAAAUGUACAUGUAUUAAUAGAAAACAUACUGCAAUUAGGCGUUGAUAUAUAUUUAUAUUUAGAUGCAGACAAGCUAAUUGCAAAGAUGUAGAGGUUUUUUUUAUGUUUUCAUGGCAUUUUGGGGUUUUGUACACGCAAUGCAUUAUUUGUUGGUGUUGCAAGUUCACAUUGCUGUUAAAGUGAAUUUCUAUACAUUUUGCGCUUUAUGUAAAAAAAAAGAUAAUUGCUUGUCCUUUUCACACCUGUAUGUCUUGUUUGCACUGUAGCUUUUCUGACCAACUUUACACUCCAUGAGCCGAUCUACAGGGUCCUCUCUGUACUUCAAUUACCUUCCCCUAGAACAAAGAUGAUGAAGGAAUGCCAUGUAUGAAUUUAGAUCUGCAGUUUAGGGUUUCUUAAGUUAAACUAGUGCUUGAUCACUGGGUUAGUACGGAGGCCAACAAAGCUGGAAUUGCCAUUUUUGUUUUCUGAUGCGUUCUCGUGAAAUCACAAGUUACAUUUUUCGCCAUAUCGAGAAAAAACAAGCUUUGCUAUCUCCAGAUAAUCAACCCGUUAUCACAAGAAAAUUAAACGUUAUUUUACUUUAAAAUGUAUGUUUAUGGGAUCAGGAGUACAAUACAUAUAUGACGACGCGACAAUGAAAGCAACUGAUUUAAGCUUACAAAGUCAGAUCAUGGAAUACCUAAUAUUAAUGGACGCAUCAGAUUGUGGUUCAAUCAAACUGAAAACGGAGUUGUGUCUUUUUGAAAGACAUAAUAUUCACAUAACCCAUAGUCAUAUCAGGAGAGGACCAAUACAAAAGUAGUUACUUUUCAGUUUUAAAUCAUCUGUGACCAAAGGCUAAAACCAUGUGUGAACAAGACACUCCUUUUUUUUAAAUUACAUAAUUAUUGUGAGAUUCUGAAAAACUUGUGAUCUUAUUAUCUCAACAAAUCCGCCUUUGUUCUCCUGGGAAUUGACCUACAGUAAUCAGUUAUCCCGAGAAAACUAGCUUGUGUCUUGUGGCAUGAGACGCCAUUACAAAAAGAAUAGCCCUUCUGGUCCUUCGUACAGUUACUUGGUUUAAGGCUUAUAAUGCAGUAUUUAUGUGGAUUUUUAUUUAAAUUGGCAUAGUAAUGUCAGAUAAACCAUUUGAUCAGUCUACAACGUAAGUCAGGGUACAACAAAGCACUUCUAGCGCCUCAGAGAGCGUCAUAGAAAACAAUCCUUACUUCCAUCUUUCCUUCCAUCUUCUCUCAGAUGUUUCAGUCCCUGUUACUAUGGGCAACAUGUUGCCAAACAAGAGUCCACAUCCUGUUGCCAACCUAGGUCUCUUUUCUUUAAGUUGUUACCGUAUUCAUUCUUUUAUUAUUUGUAUAUGCAUUUCUAAAUUGUUAAUAUGGAAGAUGAUUAGGGCCACAAGUGUUUUCAGAGAAUAUAGUGAGAAAUGUGGAGAAAAAAGUCAGAAUUGAGAAUUCAGAUUUUUCAGAGCUCAAAGAAAAAAUAAAUCACUUUUGGUAAGAUCCAAAAAUACAUUCACAUGUGGCCCUCAUCCUCCUCCGUAGAUGGCAGUAGGCAUGGCAGUAGGCAUGGCUGCAACCCAUUUGAGUUAUUCCAUCUGCAUUGCAUGGUUACUGCAGCACAGCGUAGGGCUUUGUGUAAUGUCCAACGGUACAUUGGGAAAAUUGGACUUGGUCUUCUUUGGAGAUGAUAAAAAGAUAAAGGACACAUCCCGUAUUUAAUUUUCCUCUGUUUGGCAUGUGUCCUUAUUAUGGUAAGAUCCCGGAGCUGUUGCGCCAAAGCAUUUGCACAAUAGCUCCAGGAUCAGUUGGAAAGGGGUUGUAUUUACAUGGUUGUUCUCAUAGUUACAGUUAAACACAAAUAGCUCAUAUUGAAGAUCCUUUGUAUCACUUUAAAUAAGAAACUAUUUAAUUGCACUUGUCUCAAUAAGCACUUUGUGUAUUAACAGUAGUGUUAAAAUACACAAAAAAAGACAUUUCCAAUGAAUUAUUGAGCAUCUAUAUAUAGAGCUAUCCCAGUUUUGUCUCUCAUUCAUUUUGCCAGCUUUUCUGUUUUGUUUUUAUUUUCACCUUGAAGUGCCUCUCACCUGUUUUCACACAUGUACCAUUCCUAUCAUUGUGUUUUAGUGCUUGUGGCUUUCCAAAAUAAUACAGUGUUUGCUAGCCGACAGUUGGAAUCGGACUAAUUGGCGCCAUCUUGUGGCCUCAGAUGUGCACUUUCAUGUUCCACCUGACGUCUCAAACAUCAAAUAGCAGCUCUCCAAAGUGAUAACAUUAUGCGACUCUUCUGAAGAGUAUAAGGGCCAGGCAUUAGUCAGCAGGACAUUAUUUGUAUUUGUCUUGCCUUUAGAGAAUAAAAUCGAACAUUGCGUAGGUGCAAAUUAGUUGAGUAGAUUUAUUCUGACAAGUUUAACCUUCUUUAAUUUUGACUCCAUUCUCAACAACUUGAUCCUAAAUAUUUCAAAACUAUUCUCUGUAUUUUGACUCUAUUCUCAACUUAAUUCUUAAAAACAACAUGGAUUAUUUCCACCUUUUACCUGGCCUUAAUACUCUUCCAUAGGCAAUUGUUCCAAGCUCUAGGCUUAAGCUCACCAAAGUUCCCUCUAUUAAAGUCCGGCAGGUGUACUACACUAUGGCUGCCAUGUGAUUAGAGAUGUUCGACAUACUACCUGUAGAGAGAAAUCCCUUUUUCCUUAAACGUUUAUUUAUUCCAUCCUGUAUCAGUCACAUUGCAGAGAAACCUACUCCUACCAUGUCCUUUGGUUUUUUUUACAGAGUGAUGCUAUUAUGAGGUUAAAGGACAAAGAGAGAGCAGAGAGGAUCUUUAAGUUCCUUUGUCCCACACUUUAGAGGAUAACCAGAAAUCCAAAUAGAAUAAAAUCAGACACUUUGAAAAGUCCUAAGGGGAAAAUGACAUAUGGUUGCUUAUUCUCUAACCAGCAUCUCAUGUAUAUUUGAGCUACUCGAUUUCUUAACCUCUGCUCUUUUGUCUUUCCAGUAAACCAGGGUUGGUAUAUCAGACUUUGGCAGCCCCUUUAAACUCUUAAUCCAGAGCUUUAACACGUUUUGUAGUGCAGACUAUUUACUGAGGGGUAUUGUAAUAUUUUCAGUAUUAUUAGGAUUAUGUUGUUACAUGCUUGGAUGUUUAUUCGGCCAUUGACUGGCUGAUUUCGGAGUGUACAGAUGGAAAAGGAAUGAAAUUAGUAGCUUGUUCAAUGCACUUUUGUCAGGGGACAUUUUAAUUUGCAGCACUAAUUUGAGGACUUAGAGCCCUUUUUUAAAUAUGAGAGGGGUGCAACGAAAGAGUGGUGCAAAAAAGCAUGGUGUGAAGAAGAGAAAAGGGGCAAGUGAGGUUUGGACUCCGCUGCAUUAACAGAGUUUUUAACCCCCACCAGUCUGGGUCACCUGUAAAAAUAAAAGUGUGUUUCUGACACCGCCACAUUUCUGUCAAAUCAUGCACUUGGCGUUGACCUGCAUGCCUAAAGAAGGGUGCACAAAGUGUGAUGUGUUGACUUUAUUAGAAUAUUGCUUGCAAUAUGAUACACACCUGUUACACAACAAUUUGUACUGCCUGAGAAAAAUGCACCCAGUUUCAGAUGUUGUAUGAUUGUGAGCAGUCAGUAUUUUUAAGGUUGGAAAGAAAAGGUAUCCUCCACCGAAAGAUGUACAGAAGUGGAAAAAGCAUUUUGUACACCAUUCUUGAUGUUUGAGAUAAGGUAAUAAAAAAAUAAUUAAAACAUUGAGGAAUGUUCAAUUUUCCUGUAAAUCGUACCGCUAUUUAUUUGCCUUAUUUAGUUUGCUAUAUUUUGUAUGUCCACACAACAUUACGACAAAAUUGUUAUAUUAAAAAUAUGAAUAAUUAAACUGUGGUCCGUGUAUAGUUUUAAGACAUAAGGAUGACGUAUGAGAAUUAUUUUAUUUUCUCUUCCAUUUCUAUUAUUUUCGUUUUGUUUUUUUGUUACCCUGGUCCUUUUGUAGGGUUACAAUAAACCUUUGUCCCUUGCAA